AAUAUAUUAUAUUAAUAACAUUUGCCACUUAUUUUGAAAGCAUUGGCAAAAUGGCUCACACUUCCUCCCGAACUACUAUCGUAUUCAUUGUUGUUGCUUUGGUUUGUGCAUUCGUUCCUGCAUUCUCUGUUGAAGAAGCUGAAGCAAAAUCACCAUGGGAUACAUGUCUUCUUAAAAUCAGUCCAAAAUGUGCGUUGGAUAUAAUUGGUGUUAUCUUCGAAAAUUUAACCAUCACUGAUGCAUGCUGUCAUGAUCUUGUUCAAGAAGGAAGAAUGUGUCACGAUACUCUUAUCAAAUAUAUUGCUAGGAAGCCACAAUUUGUUGCCCACGAAACAGAGUAUUUGACGAAAAGUGAUGCUUUGUGGACUCAUUGUGUCUCAAUUUCUCAAACUGCUUAA